CUAAAAUAGAAAGGAAUUGGUUGAACUGAAUUGCAGCUGAUAAAUCAUGGAGUGGACACUUCACUGCUGGAGAAAGCAAAAGGAGAGGUCCAAGACUUCUUCAAUCUGCCAUUGGAGGUAAAGAAGAACAAGUAUGGGCAGGUGGAAGGGGAAGUAGAGGGAUAUGGCCAAGCCUUUGUUGUAUCCGAGGAACAGAAACUUGACUGGGCAGAUAUGUUUUACAUUCAAACCCAACCACCCCAAAUGAGAUCACCUCGUCUUUUUUCUAAUCUGCCAGACAGUUUUAGGGAAACUGUGGAAGCCUAUUCACUUGAAGUGAGCAAGCUUGCCAUGAAGGUUCUGAGCCAUGUGGCAAAGAAUUUGGGAAUAGAAGCGGAUGAAAUGAAUAUGCUUUUUGAAGAUGGGAUGCAGUCUAUUAGGAUGAACUAUUAUCCACCAUGUCCCAUAGCAGACCAAGUUAUCGGCCUUAGUCCUCACUCUGAUGUUGGUGGUCUAACCAUACUCCUUCAAGCAAAUGAAACACAAGGCCUUGAGAUUAAAAAAGAUGGAAAAUGGAUUCCCAUUGUGCCAAUUCCUAAUGCCUUCAUUGUCAAUGUUGGGGAUUGUAUUGAGAUUUUUACAAAUGGAAUUUAUCCCAGCAUUGAGCACCGUGGAGUAGUAAGCCGUGACAAAGUGAGGGUUUCUAUUGCGACGUUUCACAGCCCAAAGUUGGAUGGGGAGUUAGGUCCAGCAAGCAAUCUUAUAACUUCACAAACCCCAGCAAAAUUCAGGAGGGUUAGCGUCGCAGAUUAUUUUCGUCUUUAUUUGGGACGAAAACUUGAUGGGAAAUCACAUACUCAUGUCUUUAGGAUUGGCAAUUAAAGAAAAAUAAUAGCAAUUACUGUUAUCUUCAAUAUUAAUAAUGGACACCAUGUGUCAGAUUACUGUUAUCUUCAAUAUUAAUAAUGGACACAAUGUCAUCAAUUUUACAUGGGCAA